GCUCAGCUGUCAAAAUUGUCAAUGUCCAUCUGUCAUGUCGUCAAGUUUUGAGGUUAUGCGAUAUUGCUAAACAGGAUAAGGAAGAUUAUUGCGAAAACUAAAAUAAAUUGGUAGACUAACUGAAAAUACCAGAACUUCUUAAUCAAAUACGCAAUGAAAAAUUGAAUGGUAUAAUGGAGGACUUAUUACAGAAGUUGCUUGAGGCAAAAACACUUACUAAUGCAUUGAUACAGGAAGUGUUUAUAUCGGCAAAGAAACUUCAGUCAGUAGAACAGAACAGUGAAUCAUGGGAUAAAGUAACACAAGUUCUUUGGUAUCAACUGCAAUCAGGGCUACUCAAGUUAGAUGACCAGUUACUGUGUUCAACAUGUUUCUACACUAUCAUUCCAUUGACUGGAAAAGAGGAGUUCUAUCUAAAGGGAUUAUUACAAGGAAUAGACCAUGAAUUAAACCAGAGAGAAAAUGAUGUGAUUAUAAAUCCAAAGACAACAUGGGCAGUGUCUUUGAUGUAUGGAAUGUCUCAAUCCAACUUUCUGACUAAAUCCAGAAAGGCAAAUACAACAUUAGAGCUUCUUCUGAAUUCUACUAUUGAUUUGCUCAUUCAGAUGGCAUAUGAUUACUCUAGAAACACUUUUAUUGUUUUUAAAACAAUAAGUUCCCUCAAGAAAGUAUGUGGGACACAAUUUCAAGAUUGCAUAUUUACACAAAAUAAUCAAGUGAGAUUAUUAAACCUUGUGAACCAUAAUUGGGAAAACCCGAUCACAGGAGUAAGGGAUCUAAAUAAAACCAUCUUCCAGACACUGAUAUCUCUAAUGGACUUUACAACAUACCAAAAUGUUGUUAAAGAAAUUAAUACAUUUUAUUGGAAUAAAGCUAAGUAUUUAAUGCUUGCAGAAAUGAUAGGACGAUGUAAAGGGAAUAUCUUAAAUCUUUUAAAAGAAACUGAUUGGCUAACUGGCUUAUCCAACAGCUUAGAAAAACCAGGAUUGGUUUCAGCAGGGACUGAUAUGUAUUUUGCAAUUUUGAAGAACUUGGCCUCUGCAGAUGACUGGAUCCAAAUGUUUUUGCCAACUAUUGACAGUAUUUUAAAUGGAAGAAAUACAAAACCAGUUGAACAUUUUAACAACUACUGGUGUUUACAAACCUUUAAGAAGUUUCCGGCUUUGGUAAAUCAGUUUGAAGUUAUAUUUGAAAAUACUGAAGAACUAGAAAGAAAACUCUAUAACAGCUUGUCUAUUUUUAAACAAGCAAAUAAACUUGGUCUUGUUCAUAAAAAUUGGAAUUCAGUAAAACAUUGGAAUUUACUAGAAUCAAUGGUGUUGCAAGGCAUAGAACAUAGCAAUGUGGAUAUAAGGAUGGCUGCAUUUGAUAUUAUUUGCGAAUUUCAAGGCAAAACUAUACCUAGUCAAAUAGAAUUUGAACUUAUAUUAAAUUAUGUGAAAAAUAAUAUAAACUCUGACUGUACAGUGCUCAGACUUGGCAUGUUGAAGUGCCUUAAAAACUUCUUGAUGCAGAAUCAUGCUGCUUUCACCACACACUGCAAGAAUAAGGAGCCUGUGGACUUGCAAGAUCUGCUACAAUUCUUGAUAUCCUUGCAGGAACUUGUUGUUUCUAAUUUAAUUGUAAAAGGCAACUAUCAAAGAAAGAUUACAUCUGUAAAGGUGUGCAGUAUUGUGUGGGAGUGCUUGAUUGACAUACCAAAAAAUAAGAAGAAUCAAACAAGACACAGUGACACAACAUUGUAUAAAAUGUUACUUGAUGAUGGGAAAUGGCUGCUGUCAGAUGAUGCAUUUGUUAAAAAGUUAAUAAGCUUCCUGCAGGAUCCGUCAGAUGAUAUAAGAGAAAAUGUAGUGCAUUUACUUUUAAAUUAUUACUCGCCUGCCUUCAAGAAGACAGACUUAUUAAUAAAUCAUGUCAUAGUCGAAGCAUUGAAAAGUAUUAGGGGCAAGUUUUUCUAUGAAAUCAGUUGUGGGCAGAGCAUGUUCAAAUUAAUUGUAAGUAUUCUGCUAAAAGAAAAACUUGACCAAGCUACUUUUAAAACUGUGGAAGAUGUUUUUACUUUUGCAUUUAACGAGCUGACUAAUGAAAACGAGUUGCACAGGGAUAUUUUAGAAUCAAUUGAAAACGGAAAACAGUUACACUCCUUCAUGGAUAUAAUGCUAGUUGUAUUAGAUGUUUGUGAUCAGAAGUCUUACAACAUUAAGAUAUCUGAUGACGAAAUAAUGAGGCUUCUUAAAACAUUGGACACUAUAUCAAAUCACUUUGCCUGGGAGGAAAACUCAUCAAGUUCGGACUUUUCUAAAAUGAAUGAUAUGGUGGAGCAGAUCAUCAAUAAAUCGGGGCACACGGCAAAGGACGACAAAGAUGACACGAAGAUAUCUGGCAUUCAUCAAAUGGUUCUGAACUGUAUUUGGCUAAAUGUAAAGGCAUGCUGUGAUUUGGCGUCGCUUAUGAUCCGGCACUGUGACCAAGUACAUCAUAUAGAAAAGUUCCUUCUCAUAAUAACUCGCGUGUUGGAAAGUUCACGACAUAAAGGAGCUAUUGAAGCCGCGGGCGCUGCACUUGGUCAAGCUAUUCAGUAUUUGACAUCCCUACCAGAUGAAGUGGACAUUUCUAGGAUUCCCCAUGUACUGCUCAAAAACAAGCUUAAGGAGUUGAUAACGGAAGCCAGUAAAAUGGCGUCUAUAACCAGGCGAGGUGCUGGGUUGUCGAUUAUGGUCCACAGAAUUGUAUCCAGUGACAUGAAAAAGGGAAAGCCUCUAUUCCAUUACUUUAUGAACAUGAUAUUGGAAACCUGCAGUCAUUCAGAAGAUAUACCUGAAAAACUACAUGGGAAUACCGAUAUUGAAAACGAGAAGGAUUUGCCAAAAGCUAUUUACAUACACUUCCUGACGAGAAUUGUUGUAGAUAGCAGUAUAGCUUCUGAUGUUAUGUACUACUCUCCACAAUUGGCCAAACUUGCGUUUGAUAAUCUGACAAGUCCCCAUUGGCAGAUAAGAAAUGCUGCUCUCCAACUCUAUGGUGCUUUAGUUCCAAAGCUAAUAGGCCAGAAAAAAGCAUCUGGCACAGGAGAUGAGACCAUAGCUACAGUAGCAUGUGAUGAAAUACGCACGCAUUCUCCGAAAUUAUGGAUAUAUAUUAACCAUCAACUCGGAAACAUCAGUACAUCUGAUAAAGUUCUUUCACAUUCCAAUUUAGUACCUAUAUUGAAUAUGUUGGCAAAUAGUGCUAUGAGGUACAAUUUCUCCUCUGACACGACAGAGGAAAUGUCAUCCCAUUCAACAUUAUUACAAAGCUUGAUUUGCCUAUUAGAUAGCCCUAUCUAUACUGUAAGACGUCUCACUGCCAAAUCUAUAUUUAACAUUUUUUCUUUUGAUGUAAUUUAUGAAGCUUUCAUGGAACAUGGACUAGUAUCAGAAAACUUUAUGCAUGGCAUGCUCAUAUUGUUGGCACAUUGCUAUAAACAUUAUAAUGACAAAGAGACUCAGUUCCAACUGAUAAAGCAGUCCAUUCAGAACAAACUUUACAAAGGCACACAUUCCUAUUUGUGUAAGGAAAUGUAUGAAGAUAUUUUUAAGUUGAAUGUGAGUGUUGAUAUCCUAUUGGACACAAUGACAGAACUAGAUGCCAAUGUUUAUGCACCUGGGGUUCACUCUUGGGCAAAUGCGCGAGUUAGAAAAUGUAUUAAAAAUAUUGAUUGGUCUGAAAUGUCACAAGUGAUAGACAUAAUUACAAAUAGAAAUAGAUUUGAGAACUAUUGUAGAGAUCUUCUAGAGAAAAUAAAAUGUGAGAAUGAAGAAAUUCCUAAAGAUGUUUUAAAAAAUAUUGCAGAAUUAUUAUUAACAUGUAACAAUAAAUUUUGCAGUAGUGAACUGUGGAAAAUUCUCUAUAAGAUAUCUCAGUUAGUUGAAAUAAAUUGUUUUACUGAAUCUUUACUACAAGCAAUACAAACAAAUGGACACACAUAUAAAUUGCGGUACUUACUGCCAUUCACUGUAAGGAUUUUGUUACAUAAAAAUGAUGAGAAAGGUGUUGUAUAUUUGUCAAGAGAAGUUUUGAAAUUAUGUGACCCUGAGUCUGUUGAUGUAGAAAUGAGAUACAUUGCAGCAUUAACAAAUAAUGAGUUCUCAAAUGCAUUCCAUAGAUUAUCAGAUGCUGUAAAAGUAAUCACAAUAGAGUCAGCCAUUAUUCUUUUACAAGAUGAAGAUGAGGAUGUAAGGCUAUUGAGCACCAUUUUUUAUAAAAAUGUUACCCUAUCAAAAAUUUUACCUCAUCCAUACAUAUGUCUACAAAAAAUAUUGGAGCCUAAACUUUUGAAUAGUGUUUUAUCGGAUCCACAAAGAGGAAUAAACAUGAUUAGUGAAGAUUUGACAGCACUUCUAACUAAAACUAAUAAUGCAAAUGCAAGUGAUAGCUACAAUCCGUUUGCUAAUGAUUCUAAGAAUAUUUAUUUAGAAGUAGAGAUUUUGCAGCAACUAGUGAACAAUUUGAAUGUAUCUCAAUAAUUAAUGAUUGGUACUAAAUAAAUGAUUUUCAUAGG